AUGGCGAGUGACGUCAGCGAGCCGCCUGUGUUCUGUGGGGAGAGACCCGCCGAGCCGCCAUAUUACAGUGCGAGUGAGCAGCGAGAGCUCAUUACCAUCGGAGAGCAGCAGCGCGAGAUUUUUCUUUUUUUGGGCGUGGGGGUUGUCAGGUCUGCCCCAGCAGCAGGAGAGGGGGGAGCCCCCGCGGGACCCACCCCGCCCCCAAAUCUGACCAGCAACCGCAGACUGCAGCAGACCCAAGCACAGGUCGAUGAGGUGGUGGACAUCAUGCGUGUCAAUGUGGACAAGGUCCUGGAGAGGGACCAGAAGCUAUCCGAGCUGGACGACCGGGCAGACGCACUGCAGGCCGGAGCCUCCCAGUUUGAAACCAGUGCCGCCAAACUCAAGAACAAGUACUGGUGGAAGAAUAUGAAGAUGAUGAUUAUCCUGGGAGUGAUAUGUGCAAUCGUUCUCAUCAUUAUAAUUGUGUACUUCAGCACCUAAAGGUGGCGCCAUCCCCAAUGGCAAACUGGUUGAGAAUUCGGCAAGGAGAGCCACAGGACCAGCGUCACACUGACACUGCGAGCCAAAUCUUCCAGCUCCUAGACCGUGUGUGUGUGUGUGUGUGUGUUUGUGAGUGAGUGUGCGUGUGUCUGUCCUGUAAAUAGCCUGGUUAUUUAUUAUUACAAUGAUAUAAUAUAUAUUUUUGUCCUUUGUAGAGAAUUGUUUAGAAUGUUUUAAUGGUGUGUAUUUAUUUCCAUAUCAAUAACUGCCUAUAUCUAGCUCUGUCUUAUCAAUUGUAAAAGAGAAAUACAUAUUUGCACAUUUUUAUAGUAGAAAUGUUAGGAUUUAUUUAUUUUACUUACCUUUGUUAUUUUCAUGUUUCUAUGGCGCUAAUCAAUUGAACCGCUAGACUUGUAGACAUUCCUAGAAGAUGCCAUCGCACCAGAUCUGCCUGAAUUCUUACAUGCAGAGCCUGGAGCAUGGGAUGAAGAGUUGCCAUGGAGAGCUAAAUAACAGGGCAUUAUCACACAGGCUCAGGGGUCUGGCAGUUAAAGAAAGGGGCUUGAUCCCAGGAGGUUCAAAUCCCAGCUCAGCCACCGACUCGCUGCGUGUGAGACCCUGAGCAAGUCACUGGUACGGCAUCCUUAGGAUGAGAUGCAGAACAAACAAGGUCCUAUUGGAAGUGACUCGGCAGCAGCAGUAGCGAUGCGUAAUUCACUUACAAUAGGACCUCAGUUUGAUAUCUCGUCCAAAGGAUAGAGCACAGACGAGGUACACCAUGAAAAUAGCAAAUAUUUAUGUCUCUCUUUCAAUGUUUUUUUGUAUUUUUAUGUAGCAGAGGACCAAUGUUUUAAAUGUUCUAAUUUUCUUGUGGUUGUAUAAUUCUGUAACAUUCCUUGAAAGCGGUGUGUAUGCUUUAUAUAUAUCUAUACCGUAUAUAAAUAUAUACCAAGACACCCUGGAGAUUAAACAGGACAGACGACGUCAAUGCUAAUAACUAAAAACAUUCUAAAUAUCAAACCUGUAUCAAAUGAAACGUAAAUUACCCUAAAAAGACUUUGUUCCUUCUACUCCCGCAACUAAUAACGACACACGCGUUUACAAAUAGGGUAGCUCUGUAAGAAACACGUGUAUAUGGGCUAGAUAUUAAUAGAAAAUGAAAGUAAACACUGUAGAAUUAAAUAAAUACAUUCCGCUCCACAGCUUUCUAGAAAAAAAAUGUUAUGCUCUGGGGAACAAUGGACCGAAUCUUAUUAUUAUUGUUAUUGCUAGCUGCAGGGUUGCUGGUGCAGAAUUAUUUUAAACUGCUGUCGAAUUGUAGACUUUCUUUUUUUCCAUGGUUAAUUGGAGGGUUUAUCCAGGAUAAAGAGAAAUGUUAUUUUCUUAAGCAGUUUGUCAUGUUAGAAUAUUGAAAAAUAUUAUUUUAUAUAUAUAUAUAUAUGCCCCAAAAUUAAACUCGGUCGUUUCAAAACGAUUUGUCUAAAGAGUUUGAUUAAUUUUUUUAGCUGGGGGAGGGGGGUGUGCGUACAGACGGCAAUAGUUGAAUUUGUAAUCAGUGAUGUAUUUAUCGAAUAAUGUAAUUUAUGUUUAUUGAGACAACUUGUAGUUCACUAUAUUUCUGCCCCUGCUAAAAAGUUAAUAGAAUUCUGGCACUCAAAAAACUAGAAGAAACUCCAUCAAAGUGCAUUAUGGAAGUUGGAGUCCCGGUCUGAAUGUAUUUUGCAGACGCGAUUUUAAAACGGCUGCCGUAGUUCCUGCCCCUUCAAAUACUGAUUUAAUGUUACAUGCAUACAUAAACAUACCAUGAAAACCUGAGCUCAAUUCAUAAUUUGUUGUUUUUCUGAAAAGCUGUGGCCAUUUCUGCAAGAUACUUGGGUGAGGAGAAUCUGUAUUUAAUCUCAACACAAGAACGACCGAAUUUAUAAAACUCAACGUGUCCUAUUAUUACACGUGUAGACCGGAGGCACUCAAAUCCGAACAGCGGAUAUGAAAACGCAGAAAUAGAGUAAACAAAAUCAUAUGAGGAAAAGCACAAAUUAUUUUCAGAAGACAUGAAAACGAAAUCAAAUCGCGUGUGUCUGUGAUGUUUCGACCCUUGGUUAAUAAAAUACACACGCACCCAAAAAGAAAAAAAAUAGGUUUCAAACGUUUUUUGUGAUGUCGUGAUGUGAUUGGGGGGGGGUAAUAGAAGCGCUUGUGGGUCCUUGCCAUCUCAGGGGACAGUGACUUCAGGCCAUAGGGUCUUUACUUUGUCCAACCAGGCACCCUUAAAGUUAACCAAACAAAGGACUUUAAAGGUUUGUUGUUUUUUUUAAAGGGCGGGGGGGGGGGGGGUU